UGCGGCCCGGCCGGUGCUGUUGCCCGCAGUGUGUAUCCAUGCGCCCAAGAAUAGUGGUGACUUGUGAGGAGUUCGAAUCCCACCCUGGGAGGGCAGCCUUAAGGACUUGACCGAUGCCUAGCCAAGUCAGCCCGAGCUCAGGACACCAGUGUCGGUGUAAGAGAUGAUGGCCAGGGCAGGGUUGCUGCUGCUCGGCAGCCUGUGCGCGGCUUUCCAAGUUGCGCUUCCCAAUCCCAGACUUUUAUUUGCGAACAGAAGAGAUGUUCGGAUUAUCGACGCUGGUCCUGGGAGAGGACAUAACAGUACCGUGGUGGUCAGUAACCUGGAGGACGCCGCCGCGCUGGACUUCAUCUAUGAUCAAAACGUCAUAUACUGGACGGACGUCAGUUUAGAGAUGAUUAAAAUGAUUUACACGAACGGUUCCGGGAUCGUUACGGACGUGAUUUCCACGGGAUUGGUAUCACCGGACGGGCUGGCGUGCGAUUGGAUUGGUAGAAAACUGUACUGGACAGACUCGGAGACCAAUAGGAUUGAAGUGAGUAACCUGGACGGGACGUCACGGAAAGUUCUAUUCUGGGAGGAGUUGGACCAGCCCAGGGCGAUAGCGCUGGAUCCAGCCAGAGGGUACAUGUUUUGGACAGACUGGGGGGAGGUUCCUAAAAUCGAGCGUGCGGGGAUGGACGGUACGGGGCGGAGGGUGGUCGUCGACGACAACAUCUACUGGCCGAACGGCCUGACGCUAGACUACGAGGAACAUCGGCUGUACUGGGCCGACGCCAAGCUCCAGCUCAUCCACUACGCCAACUUCGACGGGACGGAACGCCGCGCGGUCGUGGAAGGAUCUCUACCUCACCCCUUUGCGCUGACGCUGUACGGAGACACCAUAUACUGGACGGACUGGCAGACUAACUCCAUCCACUCCUGCCACAAGAUCUCCGGGGAAGACAAGCAGGUCAUUCACAGCGAGAUCUUCUCACCCAUGGACAUUCACGCCUACAUGCCCCACAGACAACUCAACAGACACGCCAAUCCCUGUCAGCCCAACAACGGCGGGUGUUCCCACCUGUGUCUGAUGUCUCCUGACACCCCUAACUACAGGUGUGCCUGUCCCACCGGAGUCAAGCUACUGGACAACAACAGAACCUGCGCUGAUGGAGCGAGUGAAAUCCUCCUGCUGGCGAGAAGAACAGACCUGCGGAGGAUAUCGCUGGACACGCCGGACUACACGGACGUGGUUCUGCAGAUCGAUGACAUCAGACACGCCAUCGCUAUCGACUACGACGUGGUGGAAGGGUUCGUGUACUGGACUGAUGACGAGGCUAGGGCAAUCAGACGGGCGAGAUUAGAUGGCACAGGUGUGGAAUACCUGAUCACAACAGAGGUAGAACAUCCUGACGGCAUCGCAGUAGACUGGGUAGCCAGGAACCUGUAUUGGACAGACACGGGCACAGACAGAAUAGAGGUCACCAGACUGAACGGAACGUCACGGAAAAUCCUCAUCGCGGAAAACCUGGACGAGCCGAGAGCCAUCGUGUUAGACCCCUCAGAAGGAUACAUGUACUGGACAGACUGGGGCCAGCAUCCCAAAAUCGAGAGAGCGGAACUAGACGGGAGCCAUCGAACAGUUCUGUUUAACACCUCGCUGGUCUGGCCCAACGGUCUGGCCAUAGACUACCAGGCCAGGAGAAUAUACUGGGGCGACGCUAAAACAGACAAGAUCGAAUACGCCAACCUCAACGGGACUGGGCGCACUAUCCUUGUGGAUGAAAAACUUCCACACAUCUUUGGCUUCAGUUUGCUAGGUAACUAUAUCUACUGGACGGACUGGCAGAGACGGAGUAUUGAGCGCGUACACAAGACCACGGGAGAUGACAGACAGAUCAUCGUGGAUCAGUUACCUGAUCUCAUGGGUCUGAAGGCUGUUAACGUACAGAGGACAGAUGGCUGGAACCCUUGUGUGGAAAACAACGGCGGCUGCUCGCACCUGUGUCUGUACCGGCCGUCAGGCGUGUCCUGCGGCUGUCCAAUGGGCCUGGAGCUCAUCACGGACAUGAGAACGUGCAUCGUCCCCGAGGCCUUCCUCCUGUUCUCGCGCCGCGCCGACAUCCGGAGAAUAUCGCUGGAGACGAACAACAACGACGUGGUGAUCCCGCUGCCCGGCGUGAAGGAGGCCAGCGCGCUGGACUUCGACAUCAAUGACAACAGGAUAUACUGGACAGAUGUCAGUCUGAAGUCCAUCAGUCGAGCCUUCAUGAACGGCAGCAGCGCCGAGAAGAUCAUCCAGUUUGGACUGGAUUUCCCAGAAGGCAUGGCGGUGGACUGGGUGGCUCACAACCUGUACUGGGCCGACACCGGAACAAACCGGAUCGAGGUGGCUCGGCUGGACGGCUCCUCCAGAAAGGUCCUGGUCUGGCAGGACUUGGACAAUCCGCGGUCCCUGGCACUGGACCCUGCCUUUGGGUUCAUGUACUGGUCAGAGUGGGGCAGUGACCCAAAGAUCGAGCGAGCGUCCAUGGACGGUACUGACCGGUUCAUCCUGGUGGACAGUCUGGGGCGCGCUAACGGACUGACCAUCGACUACCCAGAGAGACGGUUAUACUGGGCAGACCUGGACACCAACCUCAUAGAGUCUUCUAACAUGCUAGGCAACGAUCGUAAGCGGGUGAUAGCGGACAACUUGCCCCACCCGUUUGGACUGACCCAGUACCAGGACUAUGUGUACUGGACAGACUGGAACACACGGAGUAUCGAACGGGCCAACAAGACCACGGGCGAGAAUCGAACCCGUAUCCAGGGUUCCCUGGACUACGUGAUGGACAUCAUGGACAUCUUAGUGUUCCAUUCCUCAAGACAAUCAGGGUGGAACCAGUGUGCAGUAAACAAUGGCGGGUGUUCCCACCUGUGUCUGGCCACCGCCAUGCCGUCCGCCACGUCAGCGGAGACCGCCAUGGACCUGCCCGUCAUGUGUGGAUGUCCUUCUCACUGGAACCUGGACCCUGACGACAGGACCUGCCAUCCUCCUGCGUCGUUCCUGCUGUUCAGCCAGCGUGACCUGAUCAGCAGGAUGGUGUUUGAUGAACAGCAGAGUCCUGACAUCGUGCUGCCCAUCCACCAGCUGCGCAACGUCAAGGUCAUAGACUACGACCGCAUGGGAGAACACAUCUACUGGAUCGACGGGCGCAUCAAGCAGCUGAAGAGAGCGAAAGCCAAUGGCUCCGAGGUGACCAGUGUGGUGCCAAACCUGGACCGUCUGUUCUACCCGAUCGACAUGGCCAUAGACGAGUUCUCGCGCCACAUCUACUGGACGUGUUCGCAGACCAACACCAUCAACGUCACGCGCAUCAGCGACCUGUCCCCCGUCGGAGUUGUGAUCUCCGGGGACAAGGAACGUCCGCGCUCCAUCGUUCUAGAUCCAACCAGGGGGUACAUGUACUGGACGAACAUGGUCAGUAAUCCAUCCAUUGAAAAGGCCGCCCUGGACGGCACCGAGCGCCAGACUCUCUUCAACAGCGACAUCAAGCAGCCGGGACCGCUCGCAAUCGACACCAAGUACGGAAUGUUGUACUGGACCGACAUCGAACUGAACCGGAUUGAAAGCUCUGGGCUGAACGGUGCUAACCGGCAGGUGCUAGUGGAACAGAUGAUCAUCCAGCUGUCUGGACUCACCAUCUUCGGCGACCACCUGUACUGGAUCGACCGCGCCAAGCAGAUGAUCGAGCGCAUCGACAAGCUGACGGGCAGCGGGAGAACCAGGAUCCAGGCCAGACUGAACCAACUCAGCGACAUCGUGGGGGUGGACAGCAAGGACGUCAUUGAAAUGAACCACCAUCCCUGUGCAGUAGACAACGGCGGCUGUUCCCACAUCUGUAUCGCGAUGAAGGACGGGCGGUCGCGCUGUUCCUGCCCGCUGCACCUCGUGCUGUUCCCUAACGAACUGCAGUGUGGAGAGCCCCCGACCUGUGCGCCUGACCACUUCACCUGUGAGACAGGGGAGGUAGACUGCAUCCCUCUGAGCUGGAAAUGUGACGGUGUCGCCGAGUGUUCGGAUGGUAGUGACGAGGCCGACUGUCCCAAGUGUACGGAGGACCAGUUUACCUGUGACAGUGGACAGUGUGUGGAUGGGGAGAUGGUGUGUAAUGGGAAGGAGGACUGUAUGGACAGGUCGGAUGAGAUGCAGUGUCACAGCACGUGUGGACCAGACCAGUUCCUGUGCAGAAACGGACGGUGUAUUGAGAAGGAGAAACGAUGUAACAAUGAACAGGACUGUGUGGACAACUCUGAUGAAGAUGACUGCACCGAUCCGACCAACAUCCGGAGCUACGGGAACGAAGACGGCAACUCGCUGACGAUUGCCGUGGUGAUCAGCGCCAUCAUGGCGGUCCUCAUCAUCUUCAUGAUGGUGUUCGUAUGGCGGAGACUCAAGCGGCAACAGGAGGACGGCUUCACCAACGAUAUCGUCAUGGUAACCAACGGCAACGUGCCGACGAUGGUGGCUCUACCGCCAAGCGCGGGAACAAACUCCCUACCAAGAUCUGUGUCAGGCCUGUCUACGUCGCGAGGAAAAUCGGCCACCACUUGUUUAUCAUCGAGUUCUGUACCCGGAUCCGGUUGCGGGCCUCCUCUGUACGACCGUACGCACGUGACGGGAGCCUCCUCCAGCAGCACGGGUUCCCUGGGCACGCACUACCCGCACGAGACGCUGAACCCUCCGCCCAGCCCGGCCACCGACCGGUCCCAGUACACCGCAGACCUCUUCUACUCCUCGCACAGCUCCCAGAGCCCGUCGACUGUCAGAUCGUACAAACAUUACAAGUUCAGAAACGUUCCCCCGCCUCCGACGCCGUGUACCACGGAUGGCUGCGAGGACAGCGAACCGUACCCGUUACGGGGGUUGAGACCGAAAUACUACGACAUGAACUAUGACUCGGACCCCUACCCACCCCCGCCGACGCCUAGAAGUCAUUAUAUGUCCGACAACAACUGCGACAGUUGUCCGCCAUCGCCGUCCACGGCGAGAAGUUACUUCCAUCCGUACGUCCCUCCCCCCUCACCAGCAACGGACUCUCCCUAGUGUACAUGAUCAACGGUCGGUCCCUUCACAGACACUGUACAGUCGUUCCAAUCUUUCUGCAGUGGCGUACGCAGGAACUUUUAAACGGGUUUUAUCGCGAGCAGCAAAAAAAGUGCCUUCCAAGGGUCGUGUGGCGACGAGAAGGGUCGACUAGAAAUGAGAGAAAUUCUACCUUUGUAAAGUUGUAACUACCUGUAUCUACUAAAGUGCCAGCCUUCUUCUCGGGAAGAAAAAUGUGCAUCCAACAUGAAAACAACAGGCAUAUUCAUGAGAAAAUUGUAGCAAGCACCUGUAAUUAUACUUGUAUAUAACAAAUGCUUGUAUUUCGAGAAGGGAAUCCUGUUUCCAAGGGGUAGGGGGGUUGUAGAAAAGCUUGCUGUUUUCAUGUGGGAUCCUCACAUUUUUUUAUAUUCCUUGGAUGUUUUCCACAGUGAUGCCAAGGGUGACUCGCUCCAUGGAGCUAUUAAAGAUACCCCCAUGCUAACAUUGACUUGUAGCUGAAUUAUAACAUAGACAGUUGCUUAGAGCGUCUUGUAGGAGCUGUUUUGGCUACAGUGUAGCCCUUUUAGGGGUAGCGGUUCAUUCAUGUGUAGAAUUAUAUCCUCUGGAAGCAACAAACCAGAAGGUUUAGAAUUUCGGAACCAAAAUAUAACACUGCCAAGAGUAUGAAAAAAAAUGUUAACCUUCUAGUCCCAAAAUCUGUGUAAGUAUCGACCCCCUCACCCUUGUAUCACUGUGGUAUCUUGUAAUUUAUACAUAAUAGUAUAGGAACUAUUGUAAUAUAUAUAAAAGAUAUAUUUGAUAUUUUUGAGCUGUUGACACUGUUACCUCCAUGUUUUUAGCACAGCCAAUACAGUCCACACAUUUUGUAA